GUGACAAGCUCGCUUGCAGUUUAAAAGGUAAGACAAGACGACUUGAACGGCAGGCACACAGAGGCUCAGCCACCGUGUCGGCAAACCUCUCCUCCGGCCAUGCUGGCGGAAUCAUCUUCGGCGCCACCACUCCUCCGCCGCAUCGUCGCCCCAUUUCAGCCGCCAUUGACGCGGCCAGUGCCGUAAUUCUUCGAAAACACGACAAUUCAAUUAAUUCCCACUACUGCGAUGGCUCUCCCAAAGUCCCAACCUCGCGAUCUCAAACAGCGAGUGUUCACAUGCCUGUCGAAGCUUGCCGACCGCGACACCCAGUCUCUCGCCGCCGCGGAGCUGGAGGAGAUCGCCGCCGGCCUCAGCCCCACCGCCGUCCCUUCCUUCCUCUCUUGCCUCCAAACUAUCGACGCCGCCUCCAAGUCCCCCGUCCGCACCCACAGCGUCCGCCUCCUGUCCCUCCUCUCUCGCCACCACCGCGACGCUCUCUCCCCCUCCCUCUCCAAGAUGCUCGCCGCCGUCCUCCGUCGCCUCCGCGACCCUGACUCCGCCGUCCGCUCCGCCUGCGUCGACGCCAUCUCCUCCAUGGCUUCCCAAAUCACUACCCCGCCUUUCUCUGCCUUCUUGAAGCCCCUCUCAGGCGCUCUCUUUACCGAACAAGAACUUAAUUCUCAGAUCGGCUGCGCCUUGUGCCUAUCUGCGGCCAUCAACGCCGCCCCCGACCCCGAACCUGCGCAGUUGCAGAAGCUUGUCCCCAAGCUUAUUAAGCUAUUGAAGUCAGAUAGCUUUAAGGCGAAACCGGCGCUUUUGACGCUCGUCGGGAGCGUAAUUGAAGCCGGUGGUGUGUCAAGCUAUAAUGCAUUGAAGAAUUUGGUACCGUGUAUGAUGGAAUUUGUGAGCAGCGACGAUUGGGCUGCGAGGAAGGCGUCGGCAGAGGCAUUUGUGAAGUUGGCGGUUGUCGAUAGGAACAUCUUAUCGGAGUUUAAGUCUUCGUGUUUGAAGAAAUUUGAGAAUCGAAAAUAUGAUAAGGUGAAGGCUGUACGAGACACGAUGAAUCAGAUGCUGGAGGCAUGGAAAGAGAUUCCCGAUCUUUCCGAUGACGUCUCGCCGCCACCUCGUUCGCAGUCUUCUUCUAAAGAAAAUGUUAGUGAUGGACACUUGCCACCUGUUGAUUCUGAGCCUCCUCGCACAGUGAAAAAACAAAUGGCUAAUAGUAGGUUGCCUUCAUCCAACAGUUCAUUUGCAACAACUGCCAGGAAGAAAACUGCUAUGCAGAGCUCCAACAAUAGAAGAAACCCAAUGGAUUUGGGGAGGCUGGACCAUAAGAAUCCUUCAGAUUGGGAAAUUGAAAUUUCUGUUCCUCAUGGAGUUUGUGAGGAUGAACAUAGGGGAAAAGGUGAGAAAAUUGUGGAAAGAGUGGCCCAUGAGGAAACCAGGUUUUUGAAACCAGAAACAAAACGGGCCCUCUUCAGCAAGAAUUACGAUGACAAAGUGCACAGGGUUGGUGGGUUCAGAUCUGGAUCUCGUGUGGUUCCAUGCCAUGAUGAGAACUCCGAAUCUACUGGUGUUGUUCAUAAUGCAACUGAGUAUCCCCGUAAGUAUCACAAGGACUCUGAGGAUCUGUCUUUGAUACGCAAGCAGCUGGUUCAGAUUGAAAACCAACAGUCCAACUUAUUAGAUCUCGUACAGAAAUUCAUGGGGAGCUCACAGAAUGGGAUGCAUUCCUUGGAGACACGUGUGCAUGGCCUAGAGCUGGCAUUGGAUGAGAUCUCGUUCGAUUUGGCUGUCUCUACUGGCAGGAUGUCAAACACUCGUUCACCUGGAACCACAUGUUGCCUACUUCCUGGUGCACGGUUUUUGAGCUCCAAGUUCUGGAGGAGAACAGACGGCCGGCAUUCAAUUGCAAGAUUCUCCUCAUCCAGUGGCAUCCCAUCAGCUGCUGCCCUUCACGAUAUAGCUGAUGGGAAUGGCAAUUGGGAUAAAUUUAAGCUACAGAAUCAAAGGUUUCAACAUGGUGGCAAUGGUGGAUUUAUUAUGAAUCCAUUGGCAGAGAUACACAGCGACUCGAGAGGGAUUUUGGAUGUUUCUUCAAACAGAAUUUUGAAAAAUGUUCAGAGUGCCACGUCGCAUGCCAUUGGCACGUUUCCUGCAAAUAAUAUCAACAGGUGUUGCCUACUAAUUUCAAUGCAAUUCUAAUGUGGCAGUCCCUUCUCCCUUCUAGUUUUUCCCCCAUUUAAAUAAUCUUGCUCAUCUCACUGACCUUUUUCUUCUUGGCUUAUCUUCAACUUUUAUCAGAUUCUCUGCUUAGUUCAGACACGGAGGCAGAGAGAGUUCAUUCGCACCUUUUAUUCAGCAAAUCAUUGAAGAACUUAUCAAUUGAUGGACCUGAGGGUGAAUCUAUGAUUCAUUUUAGAGCGGUGAAACCUGAGAUCAUCAUUGAGCAGUAUACUCCAAAAUGAUGAUCAUUCCAGUUUCAUUCUUCUGCCAUACUCCAUUUACAAAGCAUAGUCAUUCGAUAAUCUUUCGUGUAUUGUAUCAUUCUUCUUUUGUUUUUACUUUCUUAUUCCAUAUUCUUUGAUAGUAGAUUUGGAGAUUGGGAUGGAGUUCACCAAAUGAUACAAAAAAGAUUAGUAAUGUGCACAGAGAAUACUAUUCCCACCCUUUUGGUUGGGCAUUUUUUUUCUUUCCCUUCCGUCGAUUACCAAAUAUGAUGAUGAAAGUUUGGUUGUUUGCCAGAAUGAUAAGCGUACCAAUACUUAAGAAGACAUUUUGACAUUCGCGGAGGACUACUUACACCUGACCUGAUGCAUAUGCCAGCGUGUUUCGCCGGAGCAUGAUUGUUACUGUGUCGUCCAAAAUUCAAAGUGAAAUUUUAUCUUCAGCAAGGUGGCCUGCAUAUUGGGGAUUAUGCAGGAAACGCAGCGCGUCUGAUGCUAUGUCAGUGUUGCAACCAACGUCCCUCCUCAAAUACCCCCAAGCAUUAGAGUAUGGGACUUUUGUGUUGGAGCUUUUGGAGGUUUUUAGAUUUUAAACAUGAGAUGCAAUACAAAAGCUAUAGGAUAAGUUCUUUUUAUGUAAUAUUGUUUGUGCACAUCAUCUUAGAAUAUACUGAGAAUAAGUGCUGUGUCAUUGGUCACUUGGCAGAAAGGAAGUUAAGAUUGGAUAUAUAGACUUUUUUUUUUUUUUGGUAAAA